GACAGUUUUGACACUUUGCUUUGACCACACGCUUGCCGACGCAUUCGACGCACGUGUUUUUAUUUCUAAACUUUGUUUAAAUAAGUCUAAAAGCUCAAAAAUGGGAAAAGUGAAACUGGAACCUGUUGAACAAACCGAUGGAGACGUUUCUCUGAAAACAGAACCUCAAAGUCACGAAGAAAAAGUGGACCACUGCAGUGUCAUCGCAAAACCCAUGGCAUCCAAGAAACUCACCAAGAAAAUCUACAAACUUAUCAAGAAAUCCACCAGCCACAAAAACUACAUCAGGAAUGGCUUGAAAAUUGUGCAGAAACAGCUUCGAUUGGGCGAGAAAGGAAUCGUUGUGUUCGCUGGUGAUAUUUCUCCAAUCGAGAUCAUGUGCCACCUGCCAGCUGUAUGUGAAGAGAAAGACAUUCCUUACUGCUACACUCCUAGUAGAAAAGACAUUGGUUCAGCGAUGGGCACCAUGCGAGGGUGUAUCAUGGUUCUGGUGAAAGAACAUGAGGAAUACAAAGAUUUAUAUGACGAAAUCAAGGGUGAGAUCAAGCUCUUAGGACACCCUCUGUGAUGAUUGCCAUGUAUGGAUAGAGUUGUUGAUAAAUGUGGACUGUAUUACUUUUUGACUGUUAUGAAACCGGAUUAACUUGCAGGCAUUUCAUGAAUAGUGAAUAUGGGUGAGGAAUUUUACAGCAGUGUACCAGUGUGAAGGUUGCUGCUAUUUGGGUGCUUUUCCACCAGAUAUGUGAUAUGUUAGAUAGCUAUGGAAUUGACACCAAAAAACAACUCAGGUGGAAAGACACCCUUAUGGUCACUUCAGACAGAGCAGAAAGUAUAAUUUUAAUGAGUUGUUUUGUGAGCAUACAGGAAAUCUAUACAAUGUCACUAGAUAUUCAUACAAUUUCACACUAAGUAACUGUAAAUUCUGUGAAAAAAAUCAGCUUCAUCUGAAUUGACCCUUACAGUUAUUUUGCUUAUUAAGGAACCCAAAGUACUUUGUAUUCAGUUCACUGGAAAUAUUUUAAUUAUAAGUACCUAAUGUUAAAUAAAGUUUAAGAUUUA